AUGAAGUUCAACGUUGUUAAUGUCAGUUUCGCUCUUGCUUCGCUUGCCGGAUCGGCCUUGGCAGGUGCAGUCUACACUCUCAACGACAAAAUCGUUGGCGAAGGCUUUUAUAACUCUUUCAAUUUCGAGGCCAUCCCCGACCCAACUGAUGGGCGUGUGACAUAUGUGAACCAGUCAACGGCACAGAUGCUUAACUUGACUUAUGCCACGAGCAACACCUUCAUCAUGCGCGCGGAUGACACUACAGUCUUGACCCCCAGCGGGCCAGGUCGGAAUUCCGUCAGGAUUCGGUCUAACAGCCAGUACACGCAGCACGUUGUUGUCUUUGAUAUGCAGCAUAUGCCUGAAGGAUGCGGAACAUGGCCUGCUGUCUGGGAAACCAACGAAUCCAAUUGGCCUGCUGGUGGCGAAGUCGAUAUCGUCGAAGGCGUGAACAAUGUGGAGCCUAACCAGUCUACACUCCAUACUAGCCCUAAUUGCACCAUGCCAAACUCCACUACCCAGUUAGGCACUACGGUUUCAACCAACUGUGACACUGCGGUCGAUGGAAAUGCAGGUUGUGGUGUACAAUUAACAGAAGACUACAAUAGUUUUGGUCCAGGAUUCAACAGUAUCAAUGGAGGAUGGUAUGCUAUGGAGCGCACAAAUAGCUACAUCAAAGUUUGGUUCUGGGAGAGAGACGAUGAAUCUGCUCCCUUUGAUGCUACCACCGGUGCAUCGAGCAUCGACACCAACCUCUGGGGAACUCCUGCCGCUUACUUCCCAAACACCGACUGUGACCUUGCGUCUCACUUUGAUGCCAAUAACAUUAUCAUUAACUUGACGUUCUGCGAGCUAAUACAACGUACAGGUGGCGACUGGGCAGGCAACUCAGCCGUCUAUGCUGCUUCUGGAUGCCCGUCAGACUGCGUGACCUACGUCGACAAUAACCCUACCGCGUUCACAAACGCCUAUUUCCAAUUCUCGUCCAUUAACGUCUACACGUAG